AUGUCCCAUGGUGACUUGACACCAAUGAAUGUCCUCGCACGAGAGGAAAAAAUUGUCGGCAUUCUUGACACAGGAUCGUUCGGCCCGGCUGACUCCGCCUUAGAUCUUGUAGCCGUAUGGCAUAUGCUUGAAAAAGAGCAGCGGGAAGUGAUCAAAGAUACUCUUGACGUUGGAGAUGUUGAAUGGAGGAGAGGAGCUGCGUGGGCUUUUGAGCAAGCCAUGGGCUGGGUUUGGUACUACCAGCACAGCAAUCCUAUCCUGGCAGCCUCAGAUGUCUGA